AUGAUGCUGGUCGAGAAUUCUGCGCUGAGGAAGCUGUUCUUUGCAGCGCUACUAAAAUCCUUCCAUACUCCCUCACAUCUCAAGAAACCUUGUUUCACAAAGAGCUCGUGGAAUUCAGAAGGGGUAGAAUCAGAACAGGAGGGGUGAGAGGCGUUCACUGUCUCCACAAAUCGUCCCAUAAAGAGGGUGAGGAUAUUGCAGAAGUAUGACAUCAUUGAGUUUGUCUCAGAUCGGCAAGGUUCCAGUGUUAUAUCGAGGUUUGUAGAGAAGAGCUUCAUUAAAUUUGCAAUUAUCGGGGGUAUGAGAAUACUCCGAGACGUUGCAUCCUCCAUUAGAACAGAUCGAAGACAUCCACUGAGAAUGUUGUGAUUUGGUAAAUUCGGGCACUGAAUAGUUCGUUGAACUAGACGCUCCAAGUAAUCAGUUAGACUGCUGCGUGGGUAAACACGAGCCAAGGGGUCAAUCACCUCUGAUAUGUGCUUGAAUAUGUGA